UUCAUUGUUACCAACUCGAGUAGGCUACCAUAGUUUCACUAUAAAAUACCAUGGUUAAAUAUAUAGUAACUGAAGCCAGACAAGGUUAAAUUUGUGGUUACUAUGGUUUUACCAUAAUUUCUAUACUAUUGUAAAGCUAUGGUUGACUUUUAUAUUCCACUUUUCAAUUUUAAUUGAACGUUAAUUUAAUCAAAUUAAACAUUUGUUAAAUCCAAAUUAUAUGAUAUUUUUAUAUUUAUAUUUGAGCAACAGGGGGAGUUAUACGAAUACAACGUUUUAUAUAAAAACACCUGUGACGAUAAAGAAUGCGGGGACUUAUGAGCGUAGUCACGUGAUUCACCAUAGCAACGCUUGCUGUCAUCGGUUCUGCGCGAGGAGCCGGGUAGGCAGAUGCGCGCAUAGUUUUAAUGUCCUCUGAAAUAAAGAAAGCUGCUCCAUACAGGACAUCCCUUAUCGGCGACAACAUGAGUCAUCUCAACCCGGGUCUUAUUGCAGCGUACAAUAGUUUGACGGACAGACAUCUGACUGGAUACUUCAACAAUGUGAGAAUACGGAGACAUCUUCAAAAAGUCGGACUGAUCAGCCGGAGUGGACGGAUUGUUCCGGAUAAGGAGUACAAACACAAAAUGAUCCGGAGAGCACAUAAGAGACAUGUCAGAGAUUGUCUGGCUCAUGCCGUCUUCCACAAGGUGCUAGACAUGGAGCGUCUUCAUCAAUCAGAUAUCAAACGAAAACUGGAAGAAUUGGCACGGAGGGAGCAAAUGAACAAAACUAAGCCCGAACGCUUCAGGAGAUAUGAUGAGGAACCAAUGCUCAUGUUGUCACCUCGGCCACCCACGAGGCCAAAAAUCUCUCACGCGCGGCAUUCUGGACCUGAGGGGGAGAAUUCUGAGUCAACUGAAUCUCCAAAUUCCUCCCGGCCCAACACGGCUCCAGGGAAUAUCCAGAGACCCGUUCGACUCAAGCCGCUGAACAGCAACAGUGCCACGGCCUCUCUUAAGAGAACCUCCCUUCGAUACAGACUGCGAGAGCGGGACUCGUCCAACGACACUGAUCAGCCACUCAGUUAUACGCUGGACAGAAACACCAUGAGACACACUACCAUGACAGAGUUCUCCAGUACCAUCUCGCCCUACCGUCUUCCUGUUAUAAACAACUACGUGACCCCCGUGCCUCCCCUCACGAAGAAGAAAGACAGAGGAACAGGAGCGAAUGGUACACACAGAGGUCGAAAGUUAAGACCCACAACAGCACCAAUAGAGCCGCCAUCCGCUCUGCAGAGAACGUCCGCCCAGAGUAUGGUAUCGGUGAGAAUGGUGUAUUUUGGGAAAAGUGUCCACCUGUCUCAUGAUCUGAUGGACCUCAGAGAUGAGGUGAAGGUCUUCCAGCAGCACUGUGGAGGAGAGAAUCUCUGUGUCUUCAAAGGGAAGCUAAGAGAAAGAGAAACAUUCCAGCUUGUGUCAAGACGCCAUCAGGGAUUUCCCUUUAGUCUUACAUUCUUCCUGAAUGGCCUGCAAGUGGAGCGUCUCAGCUCAUGCUGCGAGUUCAAACACAGGAAAGGCUCUCGUCUCGGGGGCAGACAUGGACACUUUGGUUUUUGCAGUGUGGAGGGAGCGUCUCCCUGUUACAAGUGUAUUAUUGCCACGGGUUUGGACAAAAAACCCACGCCCCCUGUAAAAAGAGUCAAAGAGGAGCCGGCCGCCUCUAAAACCCCUGAUGAGAAGGAGACCACAGAUGUAGAUGAGGACAUAGAGACACAUUCUAAUACAGAGCUUCGUGCAUCCCAGGAAAUGGAAACAGGUCACAAUGGAGUAACCGCUGAACAGAAAAAGCGCAAAGAUGACUAUGAAGAAGACUUUGAGGCAGAUGAUGAAGAUGCUGUGGAAAAGCCAUCUUCUGUUGCCAAUGAUGAAGUGAAAGAAACUGAAAGCAGGGAUGAACAUGACCAAAGUGAAAAUAACAAAGAAUCUGACAGUGAAGUCGAGGAUGCCAGUACAUCUAAAGUUCAAAGGUCACCUUCUGUCUCAUCUGGCCGAACGUCCAGUUUGUCCAGCAGAGACAGUGACAACAGUGAAAGGGAAAUCGAGGAUGACACCAAAGAAGUCACCACAGCUGUUCUAGAGAACAGCUCCGCCGCUCAACCUGAAGAAGACCUUACCACAAAGAUGGAGGAAUCCAGCUCUGUUACUUUGCCUCAAGCCACAGAGGAGGACUCUGAGACACAGGACAGUCCUCUGGAGAAGAGCGAAUUAGAAAUGUCAGAAGAUAUAGAGAAGAAUGUGCACACUGAUGGUGAGGAGGUCGGGGAGGAAGCCAAACCUGACGAUAAUCUACAAGAACCCGAAUCUGAGAGAGGUGCGUAUCUGCAUGAAUACUAGUCCUGUGUGCCGUGUGCCUUCUGUGACUGGACCGUGUGCUCAUCCAUGAUGGCUUCUUCAACAUCAGAACUGGAAAACCUGUUUCAUUUUCCUCACAAAUAAACAAGGUGGCGAGGUUUUAAACAACUUUGGCAUUUUUUAAUCAACUUUUGAAUAAAUAUAUUUACUGAAAGUGUUUGUUUACGCUUAACUGAGAAGAUAAUUUAAAUUGACACCUACUGUAGUUAUUCUGACAGUUCUGAUUGUGGUAAAAGCAGAACAUGUGUUACAUAUUAUUUCCUUUUGUUUGUUUAACGCUGGGUGGUCUUGCAAACAUGUAUCGAUUGGCAUUGGGCUUUAUUUGGUUUGUGUUUGCAGUGUGGAAAUUACAUGUGUUUGUGAUUGUAUGUGUGCAGGCAUGUGAUCUGUGUCGCAAUAUGCACACUUCUCAGUAUAAACCAACCUGUCUGGAUGUUAACAUUAAGUCAAUCAGGUUUAGAUCUGAUUUCUUAUACUCAAAUUACAAGUCGCUGAAACACAAACACAUCACAUGCUUUGUUUGAUUUACAAAUUGAUGAACUGAAAAUUCAAGCAAUCUGUGAUUCAGUUCUGUUUCUGAAUACAUUGUAUCUAAAUGAUUCAAAAAGAGUAAUUUCAGGAUUCGCUUAAUUGGUGCUCUUUCUAUAAUACGAUUUUGUGUCAACGGUGCGUUUCCAUGUGUAUUCGUUUCAGUGAUGGCUUUUCUUUUUUUGGGCACCCGUCCAAUCCCCUGCAUGCUGUGCUCGUAAUCCAAGUGUUUGCUGUGUUUGCGGUAAUAAACCUUCGAGCAGUUUUUGAUUAA